AUGUUUCCUCUCCGACGAGCGAUCCCUAUUCUCGGCUUCGCCUUCUUCCUUUUCUUCCUGUACUCGAUCCGAGGUCUCACGAAGUCAUGGGAUGAAGUUCCGCAGGUUGUCGGGUUAGGGGAUCUGGUCCCAGUGUCCUCUGCUGGUUCAGGGGAGAACGGGAAUACAUCUGCCUUUACUACUACUACGGCGGAGAAAGACGGACAGGCGAAGAAGCCAUUUGCGCCUCGUCCGCACUAUGUGCCCGGGAUUCCGAAGGCUCCGGGCUUGAAGUAUACGAAGACGUUAGUUGUGCCGCGGACCAGUGAGGAAGAUACAGAUUGGAUCGCGGAUGAGCUUCCAGAGUGGGAGUCUGCUGUCUAUGUUGUGGAUGACCCGUCUGCACCUCUUCAUCCGCCGAAGAAUAAGGGGCACGAAGUCAUGGUGUACCUGAGUUACAUCAUCGAGCACUAUGAUAACUUGACGGAUGUUGUGGCGUUCAUGCAUUCGCAUCAGUUCGCAUGGCAUAAUGAGGAUCUGUUUGAUGGUAAUGCGGCUGAUAUGUUGCGGCGGCUUAACCCCGCUCGUAUCGUCAGAGAAGGGUACAUGAACCUGCGCUGUGGCUGGGGCCCCGGAUGUCCGGACUGGAUGCAUCCUGGCGCACUGGAGGAGAAUUCUGAGAAACAGGAAGAGACGAUGCUCGCCAGGUCAUGGGGCGAGAUUUUCCCCGAUGACCCUGUUCCGGAUGUUCUUGCCCAACCCUGCUGUGCUCAGUUUGCCGUCUCCCGCGAUCGGAUCCUCUCCAUCCCGAAAGCGCGCUUCGUCUACUACCGUGACUGGGUGCUUCGGACCGAACUCAGCGACUAUAUUUCAGGACGGGUUUGGGAGUACCUAUGGCACGUGGUCUUCACCGGCGAGAACGUAGCCUGUCCUAAGGAACACGUUUGCCUUUGUGACGGGUACGGUAUCUGCUUUGGCGGUGACGAUGAGUACCAAGAGUACAGGAAUCUCGGAGGUCAAAAGGGUGAUCUCGAGCAGGAAUUUAACCUCUGGGAAGGGGAUGCGCGGAUCAUCGAGGCUGAACGGUGGAGUGGCUCUUUGUCGGAGACCAGCCACUUGUCUAUUCCCGACCCAGGGAAAGAUAUUGAAAUAAUAGAUAAGAUUUCCGGGAUUGAGCAGCUGCUCAGUGACAUUUUGACGAAUGCCACCAAGCGUGGCGAGAACCCAAAAAUGAGGGCGUUGGAACUUGGACCUGAGAUCUCUACGACUCAGCCCGCACAUUCCUCCAACGUCGACCCCAACUCCCAUUUGUCUGCUGGCUAUGCCCCAAACGAGAACCAGCUAGCUGGAUUGGUCGAAGCUGCUACUGCGGCCGCCGGACAGGAUGUCUCUGACUGGGCCACCGCGGCUGCUGUCGCUGCUGCUGCUGGGAACCAGCAUCACCUUGACGGCUACGGACCUGAGAUUCACAUUGACGAGGAUAGCUUCGGGGAUCCGGGCUUUGGAGCGAGCUUAACUGCUAAUAGGCAGAUUAGGGGCUCUGGUGACCACGGUCCGCCGUCUGGGCUGUCCAGAACCGUGUCGAAGAAGCGGAAGCGUAACGAAGAUACUCUCGAUCCUGCUCUGGCUGCUGCUAGUUCUGGCAUGGGUCUUGGUCCUGGCCAUCAUCAGCAACAUAACCAACACCAUAGUCCUCAUCCGCAGCAGUACGAGGGUGAUGGGUUGGAUAUCCGUCCUGUUCCUGCUCAGUCGUUGUCUGAUGCUCGUGCGGUUGGCCUACACUCUGCCGCUGCUCUCUUCCGCCAGCCGUCAAGUAAUAAGAAGCAUACUCGUCCGCCUAUGGCGAAGAUGUUCACGUCGCUUGAACUCUCGCCGGAGAACUUUUUGCAGCUCCAGGCUGCCGCGAAGAACUAUAUGCUUGAUGAUGAGCAUCCUGAGAGACGAGAAUGUGUCGGCCAGCGCGGUAAGGGGGACUCUGAAAUGGUCAAGCUGCGCCUCUGGAACUGUGUUCGUCACUUCCUGGAAGCCGAGGGGCACGGUGAGCGGUUCUUUGGAGAACAUGCGAUCAACGAGGGAAUUGGCCAAAGGGCUCACGUGUGGCCUCGUGACCAACAGAAGAUCAUUGCGUUGAUUAUUCCCCUCUUGCGACGCAUGGUGACGAAUGAGCGUCAGCGCAGGUAUGCCAUCGAGUCGAGAAAGGGUGGCGGCCCGGACGAUCGCAGGAGAAGAAAGACAGACGAGAGCCUUCCCAAUGCCAACAGUGCUAGUCCCCCGAGGUACGAUGAGCAAUUCCAGAUGCAUCCUCAGAAUCACACUAUCCCUGAAGAGUUUCCGCAUGCACCGUCUAUGCCGACCUCUCAACCUCAGAUGGGACAAUCUGAUACACAGCUCGGCUUGACCGACCUUCUCCUUGAUGGAUAUCCCACAGACUGGGAAGCGGUUGCCAGAUCCUACGACAUGUACAAUCACGACUAUGAGCUUGACAAUUUGUGGAGUCUUUCUGGUCUCCAGCAGCCCGACUGGCGCGGAUUGGUCGCCGCAGUCGAUAGUCACUAUCAGGUUUUCCACCAGGGUGACUUCGAAUGCCCCAAGCCUUGCGAAGAUGAGAACAUCCAUCGUAUUUUGGAAGCUGAGGCCAUGGCUGCUCUCCGUUGGCGUGUUGGUGGUAGCCGCUACACUCCUGCCAAGAACGAAUUUGCUAGCGGCAUUACUCGUGACGUCUCACGUAUCAUUCGUGACAACCUCGCUGCCAAGCAUGGUGUUCAUGCACCUGUUUACGACCAGCAGCCUGCUUCUAAUCCGCCGUACUAUCCGCAUCAUGGUCAUGCCACCGACGCUACCAAUUCUUCCGUCAAUCCUCCAUCCCACACUCCCAUGUUGAAUGUCAACAUUCUUCAAAACGGCAAACGUGCCCUUCCUCGCUUUGACCUUUCUGCCGACCAGUGUCCCGACCUCGGAACUUUGAAGCAUGCCAUCGCCCGUCGCUUCGGCGACCAGCUGCCAGCUCACCUCUCUGAACCCAAGCACGAUGGUACCAUGCACUCGUCCAUGGGGUGGAAGGUCAAGGUGUUUGUUCCCGAUGGCAUUACUUCUGUCCACUCGGACGGCGAAUGGACCAUUGCCCUUCUUUCUGCUGCUACCGUGGACUGGAUGGACAGCAACUUGAAGGUUCUUAUUGAGGCCGAGUAA